AUGCUUUUUUUACGACAAAGAUUUGGAAGCGGUGUACGUUGCUUUAGUCUGUCGGUCAGUUCGAGUGGUCAAGAUAAACCUAUUGCGUUUGGUCCAGGGUCAGUGCUCAAUGGCAAUGUACUUCUCACCUUGGAUAAGCCUACCGAAGCCUACAAUAUUCGAGUCGUAUUCAAAGGUCAAGAAAAAUGUCCUAAUCGACAGAUCAGCACUCUUUUUACCGUGGAAACAUUAGUUUGGGGUCAAUCGAAACAAGACGGGGUAUUGGAAACACUGGAAGAAGGAAGUCAUAUGUAUUUGUUUGCUAUCAAGUGGCCACAGAUCAAUUUUCCGCCUUCCAUGCAAGGCAGCUAUUUUGGUUAUAGUGUUGAGUACACGCUUCAAGCGUUUAUCGAAUUUGGUGUAGGCUCCGCGGCAACGACACCGGUCAAUGUCAUGUAUUUACCACUUAUCACUUGCGAUCAUCAAGUGACGCCAAGCUCCAUCACCCAAACUUCUCAUCAAGUAAAGGUCACUGCAAGUCUCAUACGAGCUGCAUACUGCCCAGGUGAUCUAUGCACGCUUAAAAUUUCGAUGGACAAUCACUCGGAUCAACGAGUCACUCAUGUCCAGCUCGUCUUUGUCUGUAUCGCCACCAACCUGGCCGUGGCUCGUAUGGACUCACUACAAUCGUCGGCACCCAUCUUUUCCACCACGGCCCAGAAACGUAAACAACAUACCUUGUAUUCCGAAACAUUCUUUGUCUCCAUUCCGAAACGAUCUGAGCAAAAUCACUCGAUUUUCCAAUUUCGAAUUCCUCCCAACUGUGUGCCUUCCACCAAGAAUAUGGUCGGCAAAGCCGUUGACAUUGCUUACGAAGUCCAUGUAAAUGUUGGCCUGACCCAACCGAAUUCUUCCACCAAUGUAUGGCCGUUUAACAAAAGUAAUAUGAUUGCCGGUAUCCAUUUACCCGUCACCAUCGCCACCGUCCCUACUACAUGCAUUCUUCCACCUAAGUUACAACUUCCUAUUCAUACAUACAACGAUGAUUCUAUCGAAGCGCCUACUUUUAUACCCAACAUCGAAUCGCCCUUACCAAGCCCUUCCAGUCCGAUUUUCUCCAGCAAAGGAAGUUGGUUGCAGACAAGCAGUAUCAGUGACGGGGAUAUCUCGCCGGCUGGUUCCAUUCAUUUGGACGACAGUGAUGAUCGUCGUGACAUGCCUAUUGUGAAUCAGGACGCCUCGGGUCACCUGAUGAUCCCGACUGAAAUUCGCCACCGACAUAAUAAAUCCUCAAGUUCGGUCAGUUCAACGGACUGCAGUAUAGAAAAUGAUUAUCUUGCCUCCUCUCCCCAAUUCUUAGCCGCAGUGAAAUAA